GAACAGCUGUUCUACUUUAGUUAGAGAGGUUGAUGUAGAAUUUGAGAGAGAGAGAGAAAAGGGGGCGGAGUAGACAAAAGCAUCCCAGUCUGUAAACAGGGCGUGUCUAAACAAAUAUAAGAGAGGAAGACAACUCGAUGUAAUCAGUAGACCAGAGAGGAAUCGUUGUGACAAGCUGCAUAUCCCAUUCACUCCAGAAAGUACCAGUUGCCGAUUGAAUGAACACAAGAAUUUGAACCAAGAAUGUAAACAUCGAUGGAAUGCCUCCAAGCAUAUUGACCAGCAAGCUGACCAUUUACCCAGGUCACCACCUUUGUAAAAUAGCUGUAGAAGCAAAAUUCUCCCGCGUGCGGAAAAAACAUAGAAAAGCAGAUGAAACCGAAGGUUCCCGAAAUGAUGUAGAAGUCAAACCGGGGCCAGACACAAAAGCAGAUGAAACCAAAGGUUCCCGAAAUGAUGUAGAAGUCAAACCGGGGCCAGACACAAAAGCAGAUGAAACCAAAGGUUCCCGAAAUGUAGCUGUAGAAGCAAAAGCCUCCAGCAUGUGGAAAAAACAUCGAAAAGCAGAUGAAGCCGAAGGUUCCCGAAAUGAUGUAGAAGUCAAACCGGGGCCAGACACAAAAGCAGAUGAAACCGAAGGUUCCCGAAAUGAUAUGGGAACAAUAAAAGAGUCUGGAUCAAACGCACCAGGAACCAGCAUGCCCAACUAUGCGAUAAUUAUCCCUGCCAUAAUACAGUGCUUUGCUGCGAUUCUUUUAUAAUCUAUGGGAUCAAAAUUUGCGUUCUUGCGUAGAAAUUUGAUGCACAAUAUAUUCUUCCUCCUUUCUUCCGUUUUUCUUUUCUUCCUCUCUUUUCCCCUCUGUCUCCACUUUGCCUUUCAUCCUUUCGGGGUCGAUAAAUUAAGUACCAUUUAUGCACUGGGGUCGAUGUAAUCGA